AUGUCCUACAAGCCCGGCCCUCUGUACGCGUGCAACCCGUACACUGCGCGGUCCGAGUCGACCAAGCUCGGCGUCGACCCCGAGGGCAAGAAGCUCAUCUACACGAACGGCCGUGCCGUCAUCAUCCGCGACAUCCACGACCCCGCCAACGCGCACGCUUACACGCAGCACGCGCAAACGGCUACCGUCGCUCGUUUCUCUCCCAGCGGAUACUACGCCGCUUCAGGUGACGUCGCCGGUAAUGUCCGCAUCUGGGACACGACGAACCCGGAAGAGAACAUCCUCAAGCUCGCGAUCCGCCCGCUCGCUGGUCGCAUCAACGACCUCGCAUGGGACAGCGAGAGCAAGCGCAUUAUUGUCGGAGGAGAGGGAAAGGACAAGUUCGGUGCUGCAUUCUUCAUUGACUCAGGAAGCAGCUGUGGUGAGAUCACUGGCCAUGCCAAGCCGAUCACUGCUCUCAGCGUUCGUCACCAGCGUCCGUUCCGCGCCGUCUCCGGCUCGGACGACAACUCGAUCGUGCUGCACACCGCCGUGCCGUUCAAGUACGACAAGAUCAUCAGCACGCACACGCGUUUCGUCCGUGAUGUGCAGUACGCCCCUGACGGAAGCGUUUUCGCCUCGGUCGGCUCCGACGGCAAGCUCUUCAUCUACGACGGUAAGGACGGCACGGUUCUGAAGGACGCGGACGGCACAGACGGACGGUCGCUCAUGGCCCUCUCGUGGGCUCCAGACAGCACCCGCCUCGUCACUGCCGGCGCCGACGGUGUCGUUGCUCUCUGGGACGCUGCGGCCGCUCAGAAGUCGACGCAGUGGGCUGUUGGCGAUGCGGUCGAGGACCAGCAGAACGGUGUUGUCUGGGCCGACCCGAACACUGUCGUCAGCGCGAGCUGCAACGGUGUCCUCAACGUGUUCGACGUGCGCGAGGGAGGUAGCUGGAAGAAGCUCUACGGGCCCACGAGGGCCGUCACUGCCUCUGCGCUGUCGGAGAAGACGUUCUACACGGGUUCGUUCGACGGAGGCCUCAAGGCAUUCUCGGACGCCGGAGCUUGUGAGAAUGUCGAGGGCCAGGGACACUCGGGACAGAUCGUCGGCCUCGCUCCGGACGGAAAGGGCACCGUCUACUCUGCCGCUUGGGACGACAAGAUUGCCGCGAUCAAGGGCGCCGAGUUCGCCACCACCUCUGUCCCCGCCAAGGCGCAACCGGGGGGCAUUGCCGCGACGCCGAACGGUGCGUACGUCAUCUCUGAUGCUGGUCUCGAGCUUGUCAGCGGCGGAAGCUCGAGCACGCUGCUCUCUGAUGCUGGUUCCGCUGUGGCUGCGCACUCCGGAAGCGAGGACCUCGUCGCUGUCGGUUCGGGCAAAAAGGUGACGAUCUACACUGUUUCUGGCGGCAAGGCGACUGAGCGCGCUUCGUUCGAGGACAACAAGGGCGAGAUCUCCGCGCUGGCCUUCUCGGCGGACGGAUCUCUCCUCGCCGCGGGUGACAUCCAAGGCCGUAUCGUGCUCAUCGACGCCAAGAGCGACAAGGUCCUCGUCUCGAGCCGCUGGACGUUCCACACUGGCCGUGUCGCCAGCCUCGCGUUCAACGCUGCCAACAAGCUCGUGUCCGGCGGAGCCGACGAGAGCAUCUACAUCUGGAACCCGGAGAAGGUGAUCCGCAACAUUGCCAUCAAGAACGCGCACCCCGGAGGUGUCGCUGGCGUCUCCUGGCGCAGCGACAACGAGGUCAUCUCGUCUGGCGCCGAUGCCUGCGUACGCACCUGGACCAUUGAGGCUGCCGCCUAG